CCUCAACAAGUUCGAAGUAUUUGUGAGCUACAGAGGAGCGGACACCCGAACUAACUUCACUAGCCAUCUUUACAGUGUUAUGACUCAAAAAUCAAUAAAAACAUUCAUAGAUCAGCAGCUCAACAGAGGAGACUAUAUUUGGCCAACACUUGCCAAAGCAAUCAAGGAGUCGCACGUGGUGCUUGAGAGAGCUGGUGAAGAUACUAGAAUGCAGAAGAGAGGUUGUUAUACCUGUCUUUUAUAAAGUAGAUCCGUCAGACAUAAGAAAUCAAAGAAAAAGUUAUGAAGAGGCAUUCGCAAAGCAUGAGCGGGACACCAACAACAGAAAACAUGUUUCUAGGUGGAGAGCUGCUCUCAAAGAAGCAGCUAAUAUAUCUCCCGCACACACAGGGAUGAAUCUCACGUCAUCGAGAAUGUUGUCAAUGAUGUAUUGCAAAAGCUACACCUGAGAUACCCUACUGAACUAAAAAGCCUUGUCGGAACUGAAAAAAUUUGUGAGAAUGUAGAAUUAUUAUUGAAAAAAUUUCGAGUCAUUGGAAUUUGGGGUAUGGGGGGAAUUGGUAAGUCAACCAUUGCUAAAUUCUUGUUUGCCAAACUCUUCAUCCAAUACGAUAAUGUCUGCUUCGUGGACAGUUCAAAAGAAUAUUCACUCGAUAAGCUUUUCUCUGCGCUAUUGAAGGAGGAAGUUUCCACAUCAACGGUUGUAGGAUCCACAUUUGAUAUGAGGAGACUCAGUAAUAAAAAGGUUUUGAUUGUACUUGAUGGUAUGUGUAACGUCGACAAUCAGGGGCGUUAUCGUUUAGACUUAUUGGAGUAUUUAUGUAAAGAGUUUGGUGACCUACAUCACGAAAGCAGACUCAUCAUAACAACAAGAGAUAAGCAAUUGCUUGUCGGAAAAGUUGAAUGUAUAUACAAGGUUAAGAAAUUGAAAAGUCCAGAAUCUCUAGAGCUUUUUUGCUUAGAAGCCUUCAAGAGAAAGCAUCCCCACAAGGGUUAUGAGAGUCUCUCAGAAAGUGCAGUUAAAUAUGCUGAUGGGGUUCCAUUAGCUCUUAAAGUUCUGGGUUCAUAUCUUCAUACAAAAAAUAUCAAUUUUUGGAAAUGUACUUUAGAGAAACUCAGCGAGUAUCCUAACGAGAAGAUUCAGAACGUGUUAAAAGAGAGCUAUACUGGAUUAGAUGAUCUAGAAAAGAAUAUAUUUCUAGACAUUGCAUUUUUUUUCAAAGAAAAAAAGAAAGAUCAUGUCAUAAGGAUAUUAGAUGCCUGUGAUUUUGCGGCAACUAGUGGAAUAGAAGUUCUUGAAGACAAAGCUUUGAUAACUGUUUCAAAUAGCAAUAUAAUACAAAUGCACGACUUGAUGCAAAAAAUGGGUCUGGAGAUAGUACGUGAAGAAUGUAAAGGAGAUCCUGGACAGCGUACUCGAUUGAAGGAUAAGGAAGCUCGUGAAGUGAUUGAAAAAAACAAGGGAACUGAUGCAAUUCAAGGCAUAACAUUAGAUUUGUCUGAAAUUAAAGAUUUACUUUUGCAUGCUGACACAUUCAAAAAAAAUGAAAAACUUGAGAUUUCUGAAAUUCAAUAACACCUUGGGUCAGCGUUCUAGUAGUACAUACCUCGACCUUCCUGCAACUCUUGAGCCAUUUUCUGAUAAACUGAGAUAU